AUGUUCCUCAUCCUGGUGUUCUUCAUCCUGGUGUUCCUCAUCGUCACGUUCCUCAUUCUGGUGUCCCCCGUCCUGGUGUUCCUCAUCUUGGUCUUCCCCAUCCUGGUGUCCCUCAUCUUCAUGUUUUUCAUCAUGGUGUUCCUCAUCUUUGUGUUCCCCAUCCUAAUGUUCUUCAUUGUGGUGUUCCUCAUCUUGGUCUUCCCCAUCCUGGUGUUCCUCAUCUUGGUGUUCCCUAUCCUGGUGUUCCUCAUUUUCAUGUUCUUCAUCUUGGUGUUCCUCAUGUUCACGUUCCUCAUCCUGGUGUCCCCUGUCCUGGUGUUCCUCAUGUUCACGUUCUUCAUCUUACUGUCCCUCAUCUUGGUGUUCUUCAUCCUGGUGUUCCUCAUCUUCUUGUUCCUCAUCUUGGUGUUCCCCAUCCUGGUGUUCGUCAUUCUCAUGUUCUUCAUCCUGGUGUUCGUCAUCUUUGUGUUCCCCAUCCUGGUGUUCUUCAUCUUCAUGUUCCUCAUCUUCACGUUCUUCAUCUUGGUGUCCCCCAUCUUGGUCUUCCCCAUCCCGGUGUUCCUCAUCUUCACGUUCUUUGUGUUCUUCAUCCUCGUGUUCUUCAUCUUGGUGUCCCUCGUCGUGGUGUUCCCCAUCCUGGUCUUCCUCGUCUUGGUGUCCCCCAUCCUGGUGUCUCCCGUGUCCUCCAUGUCCCCCGUGCCACGCCCACGUCCCUCACACCGUGUCCUCGCCCCCCAUGUCCCCUGGGCCACCCGGCCGUCCCCUGGCCGUGCUGUAGGGUGUCCCUGGGGUGUCCCCUGGGCGCUGCGUCCCACCGCGUGUCCCCCCCCCGGGUGGGGGCUCUUCGCCAUGGAGCCCAUCGCCGCCGACGAGAUGGUCAUCGAGUACGUGGGGCAGAACAUCCGCCAGGUGGAGGAGAUCCGGGGCUGCAUCGAGAAGCUGUCGGAGGACGUGGAGCAGGUGAAGAAGCAGCACAGCGCCAUCCUGGCUGGCCCCAACCCCGACGAGAAGACGAAGCAGGAGCUGGAGGACCUCACGGCCGACAUCAAGAAGACGGCGAACAAAGUGCGGUCCAAGUUGAAAGCCGGCCGGACCACCACCAACGAGGAGCUGGAGGACAUGCUGGAGAGCGGGAAGUUGGCCAUCUUCACGGAUGACAUCAAAAUGGACUCGCAGAUGACCAAACAGGCCCUGAACGAGAUCGAGACGCGACACAACGAGAUCAUCAAGCUGGAAACGAGCAUCCGGGAGCUGCACGACAUGUUUGUGGACAUGGCGAUGCUGGUGGAGAGCCAGCUCGACCUCCCGCCCAAGCACCCGCUGACUCCACCGGCCAACCAGCCCCUCCCCCAGCUGACCAACUAA